AACGCCUAAAAAUAAGCGAUUCGUUCAAAUAAACCGUAAAAGUUGGUUACAAUAAACAGAUCCUACCUUCUUCCACAAGUCAUAUACCUAUCGCUUGCUUCAGAGAUUGCUUGAAGGUUCCUCUGUUCUCUCUCUCUCUCUCGAUCUCUUUAAUGGAGGAUCACAAAGAUCAACGCAUGACAGAGCCUCUCGAAGAGGAUCCAGAGCUCUGUUCCGACUCCUCCUACUCCUCCUACACCGAUAGCAGCGACGAUGAAGAGAUGACAGAUCAGUUCGUAGAUGAAGAGUCCAAGACAAAGAAACUCAACGAACUCAAAAGAAGAGCCUUUUACUCUGUUCUCCUUGCCUUCAAAGCUGAAACCUUCUCAUCAGGAAACAAGAGGACUCAGAUCAUUGAGAAGCUUAUGAACGAGUGGAGUAUUGCUCAAGAAACCCGCGCCUCUUUUGAGGAUAGCAUUCAGAAGAAUCUUGUUGCCCAUCGACAAAGGGUUGUUUCAGAAGCGAAGAAGCCACUGAUCAUAAGACUACCUGCCAAGAAACCAACUCAUGUUGCUACUACGCCUUGCUCAAGCUGGGGCAGAGUUAAUCCGGAGGCUCUAGUUGGAAGAAGGGUCUGUGUAAGAAUGGAUGGUGAAGAUGAGUUCGAAGUCUUGGUGAUCAAAGAGUUUAACGCAAAAGAUGGAACGCAUCGCCUUGCGACUGUAGACCCGAACGUGAAGUGGUUGAAUGAAGCGUCGAGCUGGAUGGAUGUUAGGAAGAUUCCGGCUGAAGAUAUUAAAUGGAGACAUGGAGAAGAUCCUAAGUUUGAAACUCCUCCAGGCUCUGGUGCAGGACAAUGAUGAGUAUCAUCACCAAAAGACCCUCUUAUGCACUUUAUUGAUUGAGAUCUUUAGUACUUGUACAAUCACUAAGAACCUUUUUUUUUGCUGGAGUUAUGGAAGAAACGGUCAGUGUUAAGUGUUAAAACAUGAUGAUUCCAGUAACUUCUUUUGUAAGUGGUUGCCUUAUUACCAAAAUGCUUGAUUCUACAGAAGAUAGGACUGGUAUGUCAGGAUUGAAAUAUGU